AUGCCCGUGACAAUGUCAAUUAUAUUACGCGAGAAUUCUGACUCUGGUCGAGGGCUGUUUGCUACUGAACGAAUACUUCAAGGCAAAACAAUCUUCACCGAACAACCAUAUGCUGCUGUCGUAUCUGAUGCAUAUGUGGCAUCAACGUGCGCUUUCUGUUUUGCUCCUGACGCUUCGUCAAAAUGUGCGGCUUGCUCAUCAACGGUAUACUGCCAUCGAACAUGUCAGAGACUAGACUGGGUUGACCACAAGCCCGAAUGCGAAACACUGAAACGAGUAGUACCGCACCAACCAGGUACUACAGUGAGGCUUGUUUGCAGGAUAUUGCAAAAGCGUCAUAGAUCUCCUGAAUCGUAUGACCUGGCAAUCUCACGACUGCAGAAUUUCAAAGACAGAUUCCCUCGAGACACCAUUGAACAAUUCGCAACAAUGUCUAUCGUUGUCGCUGAAUGUAUAACGCAUUCCAGGUGCCCAACUCCAUCAGAGAUGAUAUCUCUAUUUUGUUGUCUGUCCAUAAAUGCUCAUUCUAUAACAAAUGAGGAGUUGGUCAAUGUUGGUGUUGGAUUAUAUCGAAAACACUUAGCAAUGAUCAAUCAUUCAUGUCGACCGAAUGUCUACGCAUCGUUUAACGCAUCUAAUGUGGUGCUUAGAACUGCACGAGUGAUUGACAAGGAUGAGGAAUUGAUGUUAUGUUAUGUCGAUAUUGAGGAUGCUAUGGUGGCCCGAAGGGAGGCGUUGAGGAAGCAAUACUUGUUUGACUGCUUUUGUGAUAUUUGUGAAGGAGUAUUGAAUGGGAAGGAGACUGAUGCUAGAGAACGAGUACAUUGUCCAAGCAAGACUUGUUGGUCAUCUCGAACUACAUUUGUGGACGUUGGAGCACACGUCAAGGAUCCUCGAUGCCAGAAUUGUACAGAGUUUUCAUCUUUUUGGCCUGAUAUGAAAAAGGAUAUUGCAAGAGGUCAAAGUCUGUAUGCUGAGGCUUUCGGUGUUCCUGACGCUAAAGCUACAGAGCUAUUACUCGAAGCUGAAAAGAAAUUGUCUCAUCACUAUGAUGGUGCAACGGAUGUGAUUCGAGUGAGAAGGGCUUUGCAAGACAGAAUCAUCCACUCAGCAAACCCAGAUUGGGAUCUAGCAAACCGAGUCUGUCAAGACACUCUGAAAUCCAUGAGUGAAAUACAUGGAAGCUGCGGUAUUACACCAACCCAGACUAUUCAGUUGUUGAAAUGCGCAAAGAUAUCCAGUCUGGUUGGAACUGUUGUCGAGAGUGUUAAAUGGUGGCAGAGGGCAUUCGAGAUGACAGUCAUUACUCAUGGUGAAGAUCAUCAGUUGACGGCAGAAGCUAGAACUAGGUUUAUUGAAGCUAGAGCAAUGUUGACCCAGAUAUGA